CCGGACUGCUUGUGGCUGUACUAGUAUGACAUCUGACAGAGCCACCGAUUUUCUUUGAAACCGUUGCAAUUGGUCCGCCAUCAUCACCGGAGUACUUGUGCCAGGUGUAAUACCGUACGACUGUAACCUCCUUUGUGAUCCAGCGAUACUUCACAUAAAACCUGAAACCUUUCAACAACAAACAUUACCCAUCCCAGUGUUGAUACUGCUAGCUACCUAUCAUAGCAAUCCAAUGAGACGAGAAAGAGACUACCAUGAUGAUCCUUUAGUACCAGUGGAGAUUGGGGGGCGUCCACGGGCGAACCAGAACCCGUUGCGAAUGCUGGAGCUUCUCAUGAAGGGCUUCUGUCCCACCAUCAUUCAAGACCGCGUCGAAGUCCACGAAGAACCCUUGAGUAGCACUGCACCAAUGCGUUCUAAUGCCAUGGGAAAUAAGACUGCCAUGGAUAACACUACUACGACGGGGGACGAUACUUCGGCAGAACCAACCAAUGAGCCUGAGGAAUUGGUGCAUCCUGAGGAACAGCUCCAUCACCCAUACUUUGAAAUCGCGGAACGACCACCAUCGGAUGUGAUUGGGAUAUCCAAGGCAAUCUGGGAGGGGUUCUGCCACCACAACGAGAAACAGCAAUCCACACAGCAUCGAGGGUUCUGUGCUGUUUUGACGGAACAGUACUGUCACUACCACAACGAUGAAGCACCUCCGGAUGGAGAAGAAUGUUCUCUGGAUUCCAGCAGUGAAGACGCCACUGUCGACUUGUCGCCACAAUGCCAUCCACUUGUUACCCGUGAGUUUAGCCUGGAAUACCACUACCAAGGAGACGAAGAUCCCCCAUUCUUGGUGAUGGGAAGUGAUCACAGUGAAAGUGAUUGGGAAGAUGAGGAGGAAGAAGACAUGCCCAUUGCCGAGUAUUAUCACAGCCACAAACGGCGAAAUCGGGCCUUGCAAGUGUUGAUUUCCACACUCCUGUUUGUCGCCAUUACCUUUGCACUGCUGCAAACGCUGGACACUGGACACGACAAAAACUUUCAUUUUGCUGUCCAGCGAAAGGAGCCGCACACAACUACUAGUUCGGGAUUGGGCUUUGCGGAGAGUAUUAGGGUUUCCAAACGCGGAGAGGCUACACAAACGAGCUUGGUAUGGUUGGUGCCAUCCGCACACUAAAGAGAUCUGAGCUAUGAUUACGACAAAUUCUUUCAUCCGAGAGUUGUACGGUAGGGUUGUAUGCAGCAUUGAAGCAGAGGUGCCGCACAGUACUCCAUUGUUUUUUUAAAAGGCCUAUCUAUCCAUCCAUCCAACAUCGCUAGCUAGAGGGUAUGACAUAAAUUUCCUUGUUCUCCCUAUCCUUGCCAUAACACGACUUCCUUCCCACGCCUCAACUGAUUAGCAGAUAGCAUUACUAACAAAGCAAACAACCGAGUUUGAAAGUAUAAGGCUUCAAGUCCUGUGUUUGUUCUUCUAGCUGGUUGGUGAUAGUGUUUGAAACCUUUCCUACAGUGAUGCAGCCACGGGUACCGGAACCCUCACAGUAUAGUAGGUACCUGCCACCAAAACUCAGUUCUCAUACUCUCAAAUGAUGUUCUUCAUGCAGACCCGAAUCUCUAUUGCCCUUAUCAAAGCUACCCAUUUAUGUCUCCUUGGAUCCCGCAAAGCCAAACCCUUUGGCCCCUGUAAUGGUCCUCAAUUUCUCGCCCCUGAUCCCACGGAACCUAGUCCUGAAUUCGACUCUUCUUUGAUUAAGCCUGGCCCCGGCUGGCUUCUGUAGAUAAUCUACUAAUCUACCUACUCUAAACCCCCGUUGUCUACCUUGUACCAUACGGCACUCAGCAGUCAGCCCAGCAUGAACUCCCGCACUGCUAAAGUUCGAUGAAUGGAGCGUGGGCAUCUGCCGUGGAAGACAUUCUUGGCAGCAGGUGAUUAAGUCAGCGGGAGCUGCGAUACCUCGGCAGAAAGACAGAUAGAAGAAGGAUGACAUGUUUGAGAUUGCACCCUUCUUUCAAGGUAGCCCUGGCGACAACACCCGACUUCGUCAUGUGUUGCCGCCCGGUAUCAUUCCCUCAUUAUAACCUUCGUUUUUAGUUAAGCUAGCCCUGGCGACAACACCCGACUUCGUCGAGUGUUGCCGCCCACUAUCAUUCCCUCAUUGUAACAUUCUGUUUUAUAUUAAGCUAGCCUUGGUGUUGCCACGGGCUAACCCAUAAUUUACAGCUAUCAUUCGAUGAUGUAACUCUAGAUUUACAAGACCUGCUGGCUUAUUGUGUGCAAUACACGGCUCUUAGCCUUAUUCGAGACUCGAUCC